CCUGCUUCCACCUCCAGCCUCCAGUGCUGUUGUUUUGCCUCUCUGUUUUUCACUCUUAGCGGGCGUUGAAACCAGUCAUGAACACCAAGCCCUCGCCGGUUGGGAGCUCUGACUUCAUGAAGAGUGAAGAGGCUCGGGAGAUUCCCCCUAUGAGGAGCUACCUCUGGCUCACCAUGUUCACCUGUUUCUGUCCUGUGUGGCCCAUCAAUAUUGUGGCUCUGGUUUUCUCUGUCCUGGCCCAGAAGAGCUAUACCCAGGAGGACUAUGAUGGCUCCAGACGGCUGGGUCGGAAAGCUCUCCACUUGGGGAUUGUGUCAUUCGUCAUCGGUGUUGUCAUCAUCACUGUGUAUACCAUUAUACACUGUACCACGCAUGCAAUGUGACCUCUUGAGGAUAAAGAGGAGCAAGAAGAGGAGAAAAGGUGAAACUGAUGAGCACCAUGUGAUGGAAAGGAGAUCUGUCUGGCUUCUGCCAUCAGCAGCUUUGGAAGUUUCGCACGAUUCGGUGGACUUCAUUUUAUUGUAAAAUACAUCCUGGGUUAAGCUACUAUGUAAAUGAUAUUGCAAUUACAUUUUUACGGGCUAUGUGAUUAGAAAGUGAAUAAUUAUCCAUAUUUCUUCAUGAAAGAGGAGCCUUUCCUGUACUAUCAAAGAUGGAAAGUGGGGAUUUUUUUUUUUUUAACUAAAGGGCUAAAAUAUGAACUGUUUUUCAACAUCUGUUAUCUUAUUGUUUGAAGAAACCACCAAUAAUUAACUUUUGUUUGAAAUCCUAUUGUACACGUUGUGAGCAUACAACUGUAAAAUCAAAUGUUUUGCACACAAAACACGUCAAGUAAACAAGCACAAAAUAUGAAUGCAGCAUAAUGCAGAUGCAGAUUAUAAGUGACAGUGUUCAUAUUUCCCUGUAAGGUACAAUGAAAACAAUUUUAAAGGUGUAGAUGUCAUAUCUUAAACCUACCAAAAUCUCUAUUUCACACAGUGACUAAACUCAUAUAGUUAAUGUAGAAUCAAUAGUAUGAUCCAGUAACAAUAUUGUCAAUUACCAUUGAUAUAGUGGGUCGGUUUCAAAACAUUCAGUCCACUUUGCCUGUUAGCCUCAUUUCACCAUCUCUGACAUCUGCUGCGAGUUGUUGAAUCUGAGGAGUUGUGUAAUCCGAGAGGUUAUAUUAACACCAUUACAGGGCUAAAAAUACAGCACGCAAUUUAAUCACCAUACUGGUGAUCCAGAGUGCUAAUUAAAGAGAAAAUAAAAGUCUAAUCACCAGCUUAUAAUAGUGAAGCUGCUGGCUGAAGCUGCAAACCCAGAAGAAUCUUAACAAAGAGGGUCUGACCAUGUUAACCUCUGAUUUUGGCACUGGCAGAGCCUCGUAAAAUAUGAUGUUCAUGUCUCCUGCUUGGUGUGCACCAAAUGAAUUGAAAUUUUUUGUUUGACAUUGAUCAUAAACUCUGUAAACCACCUAAAGGAGGAGGCCAGUUUCACUUAGUUUUCCCAUUGAAAUCCCUUUUCCACAUUCAUAGACACACCCAAGAGAUAAAAGAAGGAACACUACAGAUCUAAGUGUAAACCUUGGCUGGGGAAAAUGAACCUCAGCUAAAAUCUUUAAAAGAGAUUUUGAUUUUUGUGGUUUUGACCAAGGCAUGCAAUACUGAGAAUGAAUGCAUGGAAAAGUGAAGCACUGAAAUUUUGUAGAGAAUAUCCCUGGAAAUACAAUAAGCUGAUGAUUUGGUUUUUCAGGACAUUCUAAAAUAAAAAUAAACAUG